CCUCAGCUCCGGCAGGUGGGUGAGCCUGGAUGCCUCGUUCUUGGCAUGUUCACUCUGAAGCCUAAUGAGCACGCUGAGCCUUCGAGGGCUGCGCAGCGCGGAGCUGAGGUGCGGGAGUCCGGAGGGGACGUCGAAGCACCAACACCGGGGUGCUCUGGCCCUGACCCACCCGCAGCGCCAGGGCACUGGGGCACCCAGCAGAGCCUGCGACACCUCUCCCAAUGCCUCUGACAUCUCCAGGAUGGCCGAGCCGGCGGGACGUGGCUCCUGGAGGCAGCGUCGGGGCGACGGGAGCAGCUCCAGCUCUGUCUGCACCGAGGACUUGGCUGCCGCAUUCUGGGAGGGCAUGGUGGAGCCUGCAGUGUUCUCCGAGGGGGAGGAGGACGAUGCCCUCUCUUUCCCUACCGAGGACGAUGGCGAUGGGCAGGAUGCGUCCCUCUCCGUGGGACCAGGCUGUCCGUGGUGGGACACGUCCCCAUGGCCGACGAGGAGGGAGAGCCUGGAGUCCCUGGGAGUGAGGAUUUCCAGGCUGAGCCAGAUCAGUGCUGGGACAGCCCAGGGGGGUCCCUGCCUGGCCCCCUCUGAUGGGGACACGGGGCAUCCCUGGAGACCCCCAGGCAGCUCGGCCAGCAGGAGCAGGGCCAGGACCAGGGGACACCCCAGGAGCAAGCCCACGGAGACCAGACAUCAGCAGCCAGCAGCUGUCCGGGGGUGGCAAGGAGGGGACGGCGCCCUCACAGUGGAGAAGGAAGGAGGUGGCAGCAGGCAGUGGGGAGCUCGCUGCUCGUCUCACCGUACCGAGGCAGCAGCGGGACCCUCCUGCAGAUGCAGCCCCCACUCCAAGGUGCUGAGCUUCGUGUCCUGCCCAGGCGGGGUGACCCAGCCCCAGUGGCAGCGCGGGAGGCUGGCAGCCGUCCUGUCCCACAAGCUGGUGUCACUGCGCCGGGCCCUGCGGAGGAGCCAGGAGAGGACACCAGAGCUGGGAGCUGGUGCUCGGGGGACCCGGAGAGAAGGGGAGAGAGGCAGCAGGGGCUCUCAGAGAGGCUGUGAUGGGGGCACGGGGCAGGCACGAAGGGCAACGUUGGCUCUGCGAGACGAGAAACUGGAGCUGCAGGAGAGGCUCCAUGAGCUGCAGAAUCGAACCCGCUCCCUCCUGCGGCAGCGGCUGGAGGCCCUGGAGCGGCUCCGCGUGCUGCUGCGGGAGGAGGAGGUGGCCGAGCUUCGGCAGCUCCAGGAGGCUACGGAGAAGAGAUGGAGCCAGCGUCUGCGUCUCCACUCUGUCGCCUCCCCGUCCCCCAGCACUGCGCCCGGCCUCCGGCAGCACGGCCCUGGGUCCCUGGGGCUCCUGCAGCACGUCCAGCGCUGUCUGCAGGAGCUGCAGGUGGAUAAGACACGCCGCCUGGGCAGCCUGGAGCACCCCGAAGUCCUGAGAGGAGAGCUGAGCACUGCAGCAAGCAAGGAGGAAUGGGGACAGCCUGGGACAAGGGACUCGCCCUCCACCGCAGCCUCACCCAAGCAAGAGAGGUUCCUGGUACCAGGUGCCCCACGCCCCAGCAGGAGCAGCAGGAGGAAACACGACUGCAGGAGGAGUCCUCUCCUGUGACAGGGACUUGGACCGGGGCACGGAGGUGCUGAGACAUCCCUGGCUGCUCCAUCUCCCCGUGCGUGCCCAGGAGGACCAGACGUGAAGCUGCUGGGCCCUCCCUUUGCAGGACGUUCCCCACAGACCUUCCCAAAGGAAAACUUCCCUUCGGGUCCUCCUGGCUGUGCGCCUUUCCACAGCUGGUGGCUAAGGGACACUGUUUGUCUUGGGUGUGAUUGGUACGGGUCUGGGUCUCC